GAAAGAGUCCUUCUUUCUGGCGCGUCCCCAAUAAAUGGAAGUGACCCCAAUCACAAGAACCCUAAAGACUCUCUACUCCACUCCAUGUCACAAUUUUCACUUACAGAGAGAGGAAUAAAUUGUUUUUUUCUAUUUUUCAAGCUCAAUUGAUCAAUUUCAUUUCAUUCUAAUUGCUUGAACUGUGAAAAAGUGAAAAUAAGUUACUGUAGAAGUGCUGAGUGAAAAGGACAGUAAUGUCAAAUGGUGAUUCCUUUCGUGGAUCAGUCUUUUUCACAGGGAACAAUUUGAGUAAGUUAAGAACGGAACUUCAAGCUCAUGUACUUGAUCAGGCAUAAUUUAUUCAAAGAUUCGAAUUAGUGUGCGUGUGAGGAGUUGGACGGAGAAAGGUUAAAAUGAGUAACAAGGAGUUGACCAGUUCUUUUAUCGUGGUUAUAUUAUUAUUCAAUCUUGUGAUUCUUGGAAAAGCUGAAAUUUACAUUGUGACGGUGGAAGGAGAGCCUGUGAUAAGUUAUAAAGGCGGUAUCAAUGGGUUUGAAGCUACUGCUGUGGAGUCUGACUCUGACGAGAAAAUUGAUGUCUCUAGUGAAUUAGUCAUAUCCUACUCCCGUCACCUGGAAAAGAAACAUGAUAUGCUUCUGGGGAUGAUGUUUGACCGAGGAACCUACAAGAAACUCUACAGCUACCGUCAUCUAAUCAACGGCUUUGCAGUUCACAUUUCACCUGAGCAGGCAGAAACACUUAGAGGAGCACCUGGUGUGAAGUCUGUGGAAAAAGAUUGGAAGGUUAGGAGACUUACGACCCAUACUCCACAGUUUUUGGGGCUUCCAACUGGAGUAUGGCCAACAGGAGGUGGAUUUGACCGGGCUGGAGAGGAUAUUGUCAUAGCCUUCGUGGAUUCAGGAAUUUAUCCUCAUCACCCAAGCUUUUCAACACAUAAUACUGAACCGUAUGGACCUGUUCUGAGGUAUAGAGGUAAAUGUGAGGUUGAUCCAGACACCAAGAGAGACUUUUGUAAUGGAAAGAUUGUUGGAGCUCAACACUUUGCUGAAGCUGCUAAAAUGGCUGGUGCAUUUAAUCCAGGAAUUGAUUUUGAUUCUCCUCUUGACGGAGAUGGACAUGGAAGUCAUACAGCCGCUAUUGCAGCUGGGAAUAAUGGAGUUCUUGUGAGGAUGCAUGGAUUUGAAUAUGGACGAGCAAGUGGAAUGGCACCCCGUGCUAGGAUUGCUGUGUACAAGGCACUCUACAGAAUAUUUGGUGGAUUUGUUGCAGAUGUAGUGGCUGCUAUUGAUCAGGCUGUUCAUGAUGGUGUUGACGUUUUGAAUCUCUCGGUGGGGCCUAAUAGUCCUGGAGCAGCUACAAAGACCACGUUUUUGAACCCAUUUGACACUGCCCUUCUUUCAGCUGUGAAAGCUGGAGUUUUUGUUGCACAGGCAGCUGGAAAUGGAGGUCCAUUUCCCAAAACUCUGUUGUCAUACAGCCCUUGGAUAGCAUCUGUGGCUGCUGCAGUUGAUGAUCGGACAUAUAAGAACCAUUUGACCUUGGGCAACGGGAAAAUCUUAGCUGGAAUUGGGUUGUCACCUGCUACACAUGCAAAUCGAACAUUUACCUUUGUAGCGGCUAAUGAUGUGCUGUUGGAUUCUUCAGUCACUAAGUAUAGUCCUUGUGAUUGCCAGAGACCAGAAGUUUUAAACAAAAAUUUGGUGGCGGGAAACAUUCUUCUCUGUGGCUAUUCUUUCAAUUUUGUUUCUGGUACUGCUUCAAUCAAGAGAGUCUCCGAAACUGCGAAGAUUCUCGGUGCAGUUGGCUUUGUUCUAGCAGUGGAAAAUGCUUCUCCAGGAACAAAAUAUGAUCCUGUUCCUGUUGGUAUUCCUGGGAUCCUCAUCACGGAUGUUAGCAAGUCAAUGGAACUCAUAGACUACUAUAAUAUUUCUACACCACGGGAUUGGACUGGGCGAGUAAAGAAUUUUAAGGCUGUGGGAAGCAUUGGGGAAAGUCUGAAGCCUAUACUCCAUAAAUCUGCACCACAAGUAGCAUUGUUCUCUGCCCGGGGACCCAAUAUCAAAGAUUACAGCUUUCAAGAUGCAGAUCUCCUGAAACCAGAUAUUCUAGCUCCUGGCUCUCUAAUUUGGUCUGCUUGGGCUCCAAAUGGAACUGAUGAGGCAGAUUAUGCUGGUGAAGAAUUUGCUAUGAUAUCUGGAACUAGCAUGGCUGCACCUCAUAUAGCAGGAAUAGCUGCUCUUUUGAAACAGAAGCACCCUCAUUGGAGUCCUGCUGCAAUCAAAUCAGCCUUGAUGACUACAUCAACAACCCUUGACCGGACUGAGAGACCUCUUCAAGCCCAACAAUUCUCUGAAUCUGGAACUAUGUCUCUAGUCCCUGCAACGCCUUUUGAUUUUGGAAGUGGCCACGUUAAUCCCACAGCUGCUCUAGAUCCUGGACUUGUCUUUGAUGCAGGAUAUGAAGACUACAUAGGGUUCUUAUGCACUACACCUGGAAUUGAUGCUCAUGAGAUAAGAAAUUACACAAAUUCUCCCUGCAAUUACACCCUUGGACAUCCAUGGAAUCUCAACAUCCCGUCAAUCACAAUUUCACAUCUCAUGGGAACUCAAACUGUGACACGCACCGUGAAAAAUGUUGCCAAGGAAGAAACCUAUGUUAUCACAGGAAGGAUGGCACCAGCAAUAGCCAUAGAUACAAAUCCUCCCGCAAUGACUCUAAGACCUGGUGCAUCUGGAAAAUUCUCAGUGACUCUCACAGUUCGAUCAGCUACAGGAGCAUAUAGUUUUGGAGAAAUUCUUAUGAAGGGGAGUAGAGGGCACAAGGUCAGGAUCCCCAUCGUAGCAAUGGGUUUUGAUCGAUAGAGUCAAAUGUUUGUUUUGUGAUAUUCUUUUGAUCUCUGGGGGAAUAAGGUACAUAAAGUCAGAUGUACUUCGUCCAAAAAAUAUAAGUAAUGCAAAUCAUUAAAGGUCCCUCCAGGAAAGAGGCUUUUAGAUCCUUCCUCUGCUAUAAGUUUUUCAAAUUUGUUUUGUAAUAUUGGUCAAUUCAGUGCUUAGUAUCCCCAUCACGUUGUAAGAAGUUGUCUUUGUUUGAAGGAUAUUCGAAGGUUAAGUCCUUCUAUACUGUAUUUUUAACUGCUUUUGUAAUAAAUAGCUAGCUGAAUUAUUUUUUA